UUUAUACAGGACUUUCUUGAAAGAAAAAAUUCCUGACGGUUGUAUAGGAACUGGGCUCAACUUGAUCUUUUGCCUUUCUCGUAAACAUUAAAGGGAAGGUAUACUCAGAGCCAAACAAUUAACUUUGCUGAUCUUUCCUUCUAAGGUUCCUCCUUAUAAGCCCUUUCCACUUGUCACUUAAACUAAUGGAGACCUGGGGGCAUGUAGGAGCAUAACCCUCAUGUGCAGAGCUCAGGGGAGGAGGGAUAAUUCCAUUUAGGUCCUGAGAACGACAAACGAUUCUUCUCAAGGGGCCAGAGCAAUGGAUGUUGGUGUAUCGGCAACAGAGUGAGAAGUUAAAGAAAAAUCUCCCAAGCAGCACAGAGGUAUUCUGAAGAACAGUGACAUGAAACAAUGGAUCACUUGGUCAAUAUUCACUGGGAUUUUUCUGGUGUUGCAGACAAGGGGUGAUUCAGACUGUGAUAACAAUGAGCACUGCUCCAAGACCGAGUGGGUGAACCAGUGGUACAUUUGGUUGGUUGUAACUGCCGGGGUUCUUCUUCUGAUAUGUGGAAUAACCUGUGUCUGUCUGCGCUGCUGCUACCUGAGACAACAACGAUUCCCCGAAGGAGGAGGAGGAGAAGAGCGGCCAUGUGAGGUGACAGUGAUAGCCAUUGACCACGACAGCACCAUACAAAGCACCAUUACUUCUUUACAGUCAGUGUUUGGCCCGGCGGCACGCAGGAUUUUUGCUGUUUCUCACUCUCAUGGAGCACCUACUUCUUUUACUCCUGCUGGACCUGAAACCCCACCGUGUUAUGAGGAAGCUGUCAGAAUGAGCCGUUUCACUGUCGCCCGCAGCACCCACAAAUCUCCCAAACUUGCAUCUGUACCUGAAGAAAGAAAUGAGAUUCCAUUACCCUGAGGAACAAAAACAUUUGAGGAGGAGAGGAGUCCAUGGAACCACCAUGUCAGAAGAACUUGUCAAGCAGAGAAAGAGUGGCAAAAAAAACUUGGUCUAAAACUUAAUCAUGCAAUUCUUUUACUGACUAGGGACAGAGUAAAGCACAAUAGUGUUAUAAUCUAGGAUGUAUUCACUACAUAAAGAUAUGGUAAAAUGCUGUUGAA